AUGGCUGGCCAAGCUAUAAUAGACCUAACUAAAGCAAAGGUUGUGAAGGCACAGAUCUCAGUGUUAGAUAGCGGUCACUGUUUACAGUGUUUCAAGCCGUUUACAGAUCUCCAUGACAACACGCUAUGUACCUAUCACAAAGGUUAUGCUGUUUCACAGAGUUUAUCUAAUAAACGUGUAUGGUCGUGUUGCGAUCAGGAAGUAGAAGAAAUAGAUGCACAUCUUGUUCACGGCAAAACAGGAUGCACUACAAGCAGGGUACAUAACUGGCGCACACAUAAAAAGGCUAAAGGCAAAGAUUGGGAAAAGAUGCAUUUGAAUAAAAAUGGAGUUCAUACAUAGAUAGACAUGAUGCCAUAUUAUUGUGUAGAUUGACAGAAUGGCAUAUAGCUGUAUUAAUUAGGAAAUAGAUGUCAAUUUUGAGUGUAUUGUUGUGGAGUAAUGCACGGUUUGAGUUCAAAUGCUCAGGAAUAUAAUCAUGAAGGCAAAUAGGCCUGAGUGAUAAAUUACAAAGUAUUUAAAUGAUAAAACAUGCAUUAUUGUACUACAAUGCAAAAAAUAAGAAAAAAUAUAAAAGAAAAUUGAUAAAAAUAUGUUGAACUACAUUUUGAUUGUAA